GGAUAUAGAUUGACAUCCACAUCCACAUCCACAUCCGCAACUUUCACUAAGAUUGAAAUCAACAAUCAUCAUCAAUAACUUCAAUUUCAUCAAUUCCAUCAAUAACUUACCAUAACUCACCAUAACUCCAAUUUUUUCCAUAAUGGACUACUCAUCUAUUCAUGAAUUUCGACCUUCAUUCUCAUCCCCAAAUCUAUCUUCAUCCCCACCACGAGAUCAAUCUCCCCCCUCAACCCCACCAUCAACGCCACCACCACGCAAACACAGACGCAAACACAAGCACAAAGCAUCUUUUCUCAAAACUGUUUAUAAGUGGUGUUUGAAUCAUUGCUGCAUCAGAAUCAUAUCAAUGAUACCCACAUUACUGGGAUUGAUGGUAUUCAUCUUUUGGUUCCAAAGGCCUCUUCAUCUAUUAGUCGACACAACGGUACUGGUAAGUAAAGGUAUUUUGUGCAUUUCUACUCCUUUCGAAUGUACAAGAGCGGGGGCUGGAUGGCUGGGGUUUUCUUUGGCCAAAACAAAGAGCGGCGGUCAUGGUAAUGGGGAUUGGAAUCGGAAUCGAGAGAAUAACAAGGACAAUGAGGAGUUCUAUUACUACACGUUUUCACCUACACCAACACACAAACAUCAUGGGUAUGAAUCUCAAUCUACAUCUGCAUACACGACCACCCAAUCCACAAAUUAUUGCGAGAACAUUCUCAAUCUGGAACAGCAAUUCUUCAUAGUCAAUUCUCCUGCUCUCUUUAGCACUUCGUCUUUCAAUCCUUCAUGCCCUCUUAUUUUUUAUCAAAAUACCAAACUCGAAGAUUUGGACAUUAGAUCUGAAGUCAAUUCUUUUAUCCAUUUGCUUGAUUCUACAUUAAAGUAUCUGCCUUCUUCCACCUCGACUUCUACCCACAGCUUUUCAUCAUUAAAGAAAUUCCACAAGAUUCUAAUCGAACUGGGAUUGAUUUUUGGAGAGAGGGACAAUACUGCUAUAUUAUACUUCGACUCAUAUAUCAACACGACUCAAAAUCUCCAACAUAUAACUUCAGACAAUAUCCAAACCAGUAUAUCGGUAUUAGCAACGGUGGACUCAGUGAUGUGGAGAUGGAAGGACAAGAAGUGCGAAGAUAAAGGAUGGUUGAACAGGAAAGCAUGUAAUGAUAUGGAAAGGGAGAUGAUAAAGGAGAUGCAGAUUAUGCAGACUGGGUGGGCGAAAUAUUUUGCAGAGAUGAGAGGGGGUGUUGACCGAAUGAUUGGGGGAGGAAGGAAAUUAGAGGGACUGGUUGCAAGAGAAAUGCAAAAGGGGAAGCAAAUCUUGAAUAUGGAGAAAAUGGUGAAAGGGGAGUUGAGUGGUGAGAGUAUUCGAAAAGCAAUUGGGGAAAUGGUUUGGAGGGAUUUGAUGGGGAGACUUGAUGGACUUUUUUCAUGUAAGGAAGGAGCACUGGGAGGUGAGACGUUUUUGACUUCUGGGCAGAAGACAGUGCAAUUUGCCACGAGGUUGAAGAAGCAAGUAGCGGAAAUCAAGGAGUUGAGGGAUAAAUGGUAUAUUCUGCCUUUGGGUAAGGAGGCGGGAUGUUUUUUCCCCGAGAUUUGGGGGGGUAUGGAGUGGAAGGGGGUUGGAGAGUGGAUUGAGAUGAUAAGUGAGUGGUAUAAGAGAAGGGAGAAGUUUAUGGGGAACGUAGAGAGAAGAUUGGGAAGUUUGUUGGGGGUAUUUGAUGUUGAGGGCGAAGGUGGGGCCAUUUGGGAUGAUUGAUAUGCGAUGCCAUUGGCCUCUGGUUAAUUCUGUCACAUAAACUCCGUUGCUCUUGUGGAGGGAGAUCAGGGCAAGGAGCGGCAAUGGGGUUGAUCCACGAGAACAGUAAAUGCCA